GAGACCUGCCUCUGCUUAAACUUUGGAGUGUGAGGAUACUGAGGCAAGUCAUUUAGCGGGUAUCUUUGCGCCAGUAAAUAGAUGUUCGCCCCAGUUCAUAAGAAGCUAUGGACAGAAGGAACGUUUGGUCCUGAGGAGAAUCCGACCGUCUGUCUAAGGAUUUCUGUGUAUAUCGGACAUUAUAUUUGAUGCUUUUGUUCGUUCCAUCUGGAAAAUCUUAAACAUAUUUAUAAGCCUAGCUUUAGUAUAUAAAUAAUUCUAUAAAAAACGUCUUUAGUGACAAAAGGAAUAACACAACAGAAGCUCCAAUAACCGAAGGGGAAUGGGGAGCAAGGGGCAGUACCGGUACCACUGGCAGAGCCACAAUGUCAAGCAGAGCGGCGUGGACGACAUGGUGCUGCUCACCAAGAUCAACGAGGACGCCAUCGUGGAGAACCUCAAGAAGCGAUACAUGGACGACUAUAUCUUUACAUAUAUAGGUCCUGUGUUAAUCUCUAUCAACCCCUUCAAACAAAUGCCAUAUUUUGGGGAAAAGGAGGUGGAGAUGUAUCAGGGCGCGGCUCAGUACGAGAACCCUCCUCACAUCUAUGCCCUGGCCGACAGCAUGUACCGGAACAUGAUGAUCGACCGCGAGCACCAGUGCGUCAUCAUCAGCGGAGAGAGCGGUGCGGGGAAGACAGUGGCGGCCAAGUACAUCAUGAGCUACAUCUCCAGGGUGUCCGGAGGGGGCCCCAAAGUGCAGCAUGUCAAAGACAUCAUCCUUCAGUCCAACCCCCUGCUGGAGGCCUUUGGGAACGCGAAGACCGUGAGGAACAACAAUUCCAGUCGAUUUGGAAAGUACUUUGAGAUUUGGUUCAGCUCUGGCGGCGAGCCGGACGGAGGGAAAAUCUCCAACUUCCUUCUGGAAAAAUCUCGGGUCGUCAUGAGGAAUCCUGGAGAGAGGAGUUUUCAUAUAUUCUACCAGCUGAUCGAAGGCGCCAGCGAGGACCAGAGGAGCACCCUUGGCAUCACCAGUUUAGAUUACUACAGUUACCUCAACCAGUCUGGGUCCUACAAAGUCGACGACAUAAACGACAAGAAAGAUUUCCAGGAGACGAUACACGCGAUGAACGUGAUCGGGAUUCGGCCCGAGGACCGCACCCUCGUCCUCCAGAUCGUGGCUGGGGUGCUUCAUCUAGGCAACAUCAACUUCAAGGAGGCCGGGAACUAUGCCGCUGUGGAGAACAAUGAAUUCCUGGCCUUUCCUGCCUUCCUGCUGGGCAUCGACCAGAACCGGCUCAAGGAGAAGCUGACCAGCCGCAAGAUGGACAGCAAGUGGGGCGGCAAGUCCGAGUCCAUCGAUGUGACGCUGAACGUAGAGCAGGCGUGCUACACGCGUGACGCACUGUCCAAAGCCCUGCACGCCCGCGUCUUCGACUGGCUAGUGGAGUCCAUCAACAAGGCCAUGGUGAAAGACCACCAGGAGCUGAACAUCGGUGUGCUGGAUAUUUAUGGGUUUGAAAUUUUCCAGAAAAAUGGCUUUGAACAGUUCUGCAUCAACUUUGUGAAUGAGAAGCUUCAGCAGAUUUUCAUCGAGCUAACCCUGAAAGCCGAACAGGAAGAAUAUGUGCAGGAGGGCAUCCGGUGGACUCCCAUCGAAUACUUCAACAACAAGAUCGUGUGUGACCUCAUAGAGAGCAAAAAUCCCCCUGGUAUCAUGAGCAUCCUGGAUGACGUGUGUGCCACCAUGCACGCGGUGGGGGAGGGGGCGGACCAGACUCUGCUGCAGAAGCUGCGCGUGCAGGUCAACACCCAUGAGCACUUCAACAGCUGGAACCAGGGAUUCAUCAUCCACCAUUACGCUGGGAAGGUGUCCUAUGAUGCGGAAGGGUUCUGCGAGAGGAACAGAGACGUGCUGUUCACAGACCUCAUCGAGCUGAUGCAGAGCAGCGAAAUACGCUUCAUCCGAGCCCUCUUCCCAGAAAACCUGACCCAGGACAAGAAGGGUCGACCCACCACGGCGGGCAGUAAGAUCAAGAAACAAGCUAACGACCUGGUGAACACGCUAAUGAAGUGCACCCCCCACUACAUCCGCUGCAUCAAGCCCAACGAGACCAAGAAGCCAAAGGACUGGGAGGAGGGAAGAGUCAAGCAUCAGGUGGAGUACCUGGGGCUGAAGGAAAACAUCCGGGUGCGGCGUGCUGGUUACGCCUACAGGAGGGUCUUCCGGAAGUUCCUCAACAGGUACGCCAUCCUGACCCGGGAGUCUUGGCCCACCUGGAGGGGCGAUGAGAAGCAGGGCGUCCUUCACCUGCUACGCUCCGUAAACAUGGACCAAGACCAGUUUCAGCUGGGCCGAACCAAGGUCUUCAUCAAGGCCCCCGAGUCGCUGUUCCUGCUGGAAGAGACAAGGGAGCGUAAGUUUGACGGCUUUGCCAGGACCAUCCAACGGGCCUGGCGUAAGUACCUGGCCAGGAAGAAGUAUGUCCAGAUGAGAGAAGAAGCUUCGGAUCUCCUUCUGAACAAGAAGGAGCGACGGAGGCACAGCAUCAACCGUAACUUUGUGGGCGACUACCUGGGCAUGGACGACCGCCCUGAACUGCGCCGCUUCCUGGCCAAGAGGGAGAAGAUCGACUUCGCCGACAAAGUCACCAAAUACGACCGCCGCUUCAAGGGCAUAAAGAGGGACCUCAUCCUGACGCCCAAGUGCCUGUACCUGAUUGGCCGUGAGAAGGUGAAGCAGGGCCCGGAGAAGGGUCAGGUGACAGAAGUGGUGAAGCGGAAGAUCGAGAUUGAGAAGAUCCUGGGGCUGUCCCUCAGCACCCUGCAGGACGACUUCUUCAUCUUGCACGAGCAGGAGUAUGACAGCCUGCUGGAGUCCACCUUCAAGACGGAGCUGGUCAGCCUGCUGGCACGCCGCUUCGAGGAGAGGACGCAGAGGAAGCUGCCGAUGAAGUUUGCCAAUACUCUUGAAGUGAAGCUGAAGAAGGAGAGCUGGGGCCCUUGGAGUGGAGGCGGCUCCCGCCAGGUGCAGUUCAUGGUGGGCCAGGGCGAGGUGGCCAUGCUCCGGCCCUCAAACAAGAUGCUGCAGGUCAGCAUCGGACCCGGGCUGCCCAGGAACACACGCCCCUCAAAAAAGAAUUUUGCUCCCUCCAAAUUCCCCCAGCGCUACCCAUCACGGGCUGCUCCAGGACCUCCAGUUUCUCAUCAAAACGGGGGUCUGAAGACCACCAAUCACGCAGCCGGGCAGAGGAAUGCCACCUACGCUCAGAACUCCACGCAGAGGCUACAGGCUAACAGCACCAGUCGACCCUUCCUGCCGGCGGCCCUCAGCAACAUGCAGGCGAAGGAGAGGGGCAGCCGGGUCCAGCCCAACCUGGAGUGCCUGAGGGUCCCGGACCAGGGAGCAGCAGGUAACGGAGGACUGCAACCAACUGCGAAUGGAAGAACGGCUCACAGACAGAGCGUCAACAGGCCUGCCCCAGGUGGGGGCCGGCCCAAGCCCACCCCCAAGCCCAAGCCACAAGUCCCCCAGUGCAGGGCUCUGUACGCCUACGAUGCCCAGGACACAGACGAGCUCAGCUUCAAUGCUGACGACAUCAUCGACAUUAUCAAGGAAGACGUCUCUGGUUGGUGGACAGGGAGAUUACGAGGCAAACAGGGUCUGUUCCCCAACAACUAUGUCAACAAGAUCUAGGCUGGCUGCUUCUGCUCAGUGUCCACCAGGAGAUUCGAACGGCGGAGACGGCGGGAAAACUAGCCAUUGGAAGGGGGUGAGGUAACUGUUCCUCUAUUGCUGCAUGACCCUGGGGUCCCAGACCGGGGUCCUACUACCCCAUGGAUCCAGGCGUAGUGCUUGGGUGGCAGAGAAGUUCCGUCACACAAGGAUCUGAAGAAACAGUCUCAGAGCUGGUGUUGGCUACACAAGUCCUGUGAGCACUGAACAAGACUAUUUAUUCUAUUUAAAGCUUUUUUGUAAUGAAUUCUACUUAGCAGAUAUAUCAAAGACGAGCUGUUUUAUCUGAAGAGGUGCAGCAUGUAUGAUAUGUGCAACCAGGAGAAAUUCUAUUCUUUUAUCUUUGUAUGUAAAGGGAUUUUCACAGAUUAGAGAUGCGGUCGGCUUAAAGUCUGUACUUCAUGGUUAAAAUGGUUCUUUUUGUCAGUAAGAAUGCUGCUGGAAUUGAUUUUACAAAUAGUAUUUGAAUGAGAUUAAUUUAUAAAUAUUGCUGAUGCCAUUCAUUGAAAAUAUUCAAGGUUAGUGCUGUACCAUGUUUAUCUCCCUGGCAGUUUUUAUAAAACAUUGUAUUGAUAACUAGUCCCCCAUGACAAUAUGGGCAGGCUUUUGUAGCGAAGUUUCACUUUUGUUUACUGCUCCAUAUACAAAUCUGUUACAGCUUUAGAAACUCAACCCCAGACCUUUGAAAUAUUUUAAUUCCAUGAAUGUCAGUUACUUUCUUGCUAAAAAUGCAGUUACAAACAGACAUGAACUAAGUUAAUGGAUUAAAAGCACUUUAUGACCAGGGUAUAAGAUUCAUCAGCCAACUCCUCCCAGGAUGUAAAAGUUAUGAAGGGAAUUUUUAGAAAAAGUUUACAGAAAAACAAAUUAAAAUGUUAAAACAUUA